AAGCGAAACCUCGCCCGCCUCUGUCAGUCAUCCCCGAAGUCUUGGGAAGGUUGCAAAGCCCGCCGGCACUGUUUUGACUGCACACAUUCACAGAGAGAGAGAGAGAGAGAGCUGAACAGCGCGCUGCCAUGGCCUUGGCCGCUAGGAUUUCUCUCCCUCUUUCAUCUCCAAAUCGCCGCUAUUUCACUUCCAUCAACCCAUUUCCAUCGUCUUCAUUCUCUUUCUCCUUUUACCGCUCAAGUUUUUUCGGACAAAACUCGAUCAACGUUCGAAACCCUAGUUUAAACAUCUCAGCUUCGUCCAUGAGCAUUGAAGCUCCAGGUAGAACCUUGCAGGCCUCUUUUCUUGAUCGCAAGGAAUCCGGCUUCCUUCAUUUCGUCAAGUACCACGGCCUCGGAAACGACUUUAUCUUGGUUGAUAAUAGAGAUUCUUUGGAGCCUAGGAUCACUCCAGAGCAAGCGGUGAAGCUAUGUGAUAGGAACUUUGGUAUUGGCGCCGACGGAGUGAUCUUUGCCAUGCCGGGGAUCAAUGGCACUCAUUAUACCAUGAGGAUCUUCAACUCAGAUGGUAGUGAGCCUGAGAUGUGUGGUAAUGGAGUGCGGUGCUUUGCAAGAUUCAUUGCGGAACUUGAUAGUCUAAAUGGGAGGCAGAGUUUCACUGUGCACACUGGUGCUGGUUUAAUUGUUCCUGAAAUUCAAGAUGAUGGAAAGGUUAGAGUGGAUAUGGGUGAACCAAUACUUACAGCAUCAGAUGUACCCACUAAAUUACCUGCAAAUAAGGAUCAAUCUGUUGUGAAAUCCAAACUAGAUGUGGAUGGAGUGGCCUGGAAUGUGACUUGUGUUAGCAUGGGAAAUCCUCACUGUGUAACUUUUGGCACAAAAGAUGGGCAGGGUUUGCAGGUUGAUGAGCUAAAUUUAGCUGAAAUUGGUCCGAAAUUUGAGCAUCAUAAAAUGUUCCCAGCUCGAACUAACACAGAAUUUGUGCAAGUCUUCUCAAAGUCUCACGUCAAAAUGCGUGUUUGGGAGCGUGGAGCUGGAGCAACGCUAGCUUGUGGAACUGGAGCUUGUGCUGUAGUGGUUGCAGCAGUACUUGAGGGUCACACGGGGAGGAGCUGCACGGUUGAUUUGCCCGGUGGGCCGCUGGCAAUUGAGUGGAAGGAGGAUGACAACCAUGUGUACAUGACUGGCCCAGCUGAAGCAGUGUUUUAUGGGUCGGUGCCUCUAUGAUGCCUUUGAUUAUAUAAAUCCCCCGGAGGAAGUGAUCCGUUAUCUUAACUUCAAUUUUGAGGAAAUAUAAUUUGGAGGAAACCCAACCCAAUCUCCUACGAAUGCUAGAAUUAUUGCUCUUGGGCUUUUUAUCUAGCUGUGUAUGUAAUUUAUGGGGCGAUGCCUGCAAGGCCACCCUACAACUGCUUGAAUGGCUCCAUUUUGUGUUUCUUUGACUGCAAGAAUGUCUUGCUUCAUGUUCUAGGUGAGAUUUUUAUUUUUAUUUUUUAUUUUCACUCAAAUUGUUGCUUUUAUGAGCCUACUUAUACCCUGCAAGGUGGGAGCUCCUCCCCUUUCUGCAA